AUGUCCAUCCCACAACCUUCGACCACGCGUGACGGCAACGACUACACGAAAGCCAGCACUCAGACCGUUAGCCUCAUCGACUAUCAGUGCGUCACGUCGCAUGGAAAUGCCGUCGUGUCGGAUGGGACUGUUCAGACAGCCGUCACGUAUUCUCCCGGAAAGGCAGUGCUGAAGCCGUACGGCUCGAACAGGCACGGAUUGGUCCACAUCCCCAUCCACAACCCUCCAGAGGUGCUCAACAAGACGAUGAGUCUCCAGAACAUUGCCGUAUCCUUUGACACGGCAUUUGGCGGCACCGUGGAGACGGUGACCUUGUUCUACGACUCAACCAUUGUCGUGGGGGUCAACACCGAAAAGAAGGGACAGUUCCACAUCGACUUCACCCCCAAGGAGGCUGCCAAGUUUGCCUACCCCGUGACGACGGGAAUCUGCAUCACCCUUGACCUGAAGUUUCCCGAGUACAAAUCCCUCGUCAACCUCUUCUCCGUCACUCUCGUGUACAAGGCAAUUUAG